AUGAACAUACCUGAACUACCACCUAAGCCAAAGGUUAGGAAUCCUGAGACAGUUUCAUUGCACUUUCCACGCCCAGAAAAGUGUCAUUUGCUUACAGCGAAUGACUUACAAAGCUUAUUACGAGAAAGGGACAAGCUACAGCUCUAUGUUAGUAAAUUUGUCGACGGUGAAGAUAUCAAGGUUAAUGCCCAGUCGUAUAAGAAUGCAUUAAACAUGCUUGGAAAUGCAUAUGUUGAAUUGGAAGCUGAACGAAAAAAAAUGCAAGAUGAAAUGGAUAGGUACUAUCGCUUGGAAUUUCAAUACCAUGAGAAAUGGCAAGAACUAGACUAUAUUGUCAAGGAUCAAUUUGACACUCAGGCAUUAAAAAAUCGACUAAAGACCAAGGUGAAAGAGUUGGAAGCAGAUAGCGAGUUACUUGAAAAUCAGCAAAAUUUUAAGGAUGUAGAUAGUUUCAUUUCAGAAUAUCUCAGUUUCAGAACCGCAUAUCAUCUACAUAACGAAAAGCUGCAAACAUUUGACUUCCUGGGUAUUCUGCGGCAAUGA